CGCCGGGCCGGGCUCGCCCGCUCCGCCCGGGCGCUGACGCAGCCGCCGCCGCCCGCCGAGCCCCGCGCCCCAGCCCCGCAGCGGGCGCCCCGCCGGCCGGGGCCCGCGAGCGCACGGGACGGCCUGGCCAGCGGCCGCCGAGCUGAGUGAGCGGCUCUCGGCUUCGCGACGUCCAGCCCCUGCCCCGCCUCCUGCAGCGGCCCGACCCGGAGUGCCAGCCCCCCCGUGGCCCUUAUGUCGUGGUGACCACUCCGAGCGCAGGUGGGGGUGUGGCCCUGCCUCCCCACUGCCCUGGCUCUCUGCAGGGGUGGAAAAUGGUACCAGUCAAGCCCAAGCUGGAGGAGCCCGCUGCCACAGCCCCGACAUGGAGGACCCCACGCCUGAGCCCGUCUACGUGGAUGUGGACAAAGGGCUGACCCUGGCCUGCUUCGUCUUCCUCUGCCUCUUCCUCGUGGUGAUGAUCAUUCGCUGUGCCAAGGUCAUCAUGGACCCUUACAGCGCCAUCCCCACGUCCACCUGGGAGGAGCAGCACCUGGACGACUGAGGUGCGGGCGCGGGGGGACCUCCACGUCCCCUGGCCACUGGCCCGCCCGCCCGCGGCGCCGGGAAUGGAUUUGGCCGCAGAUGGCGGGGGUUCACUGGAGCCACACCUGCUCCCCCUCGAGCACCGCAGUGAGGUGCGUGGGGGCUCCACGGUGGGCCAGCCUGGAGAUGAGAGCACUGGGCUGGGGAGUCACUGUGGGACAAUGGGGGAUCCCCUUCCCUGGCUCCUGGGCACCUUCUGGGGUUGGGUCCAGGGCAGGCCCCCACUGUCACACAACAGAGGACACUGUCCGCCCUUAAAAUGCAAAGCGGCACACACAGGAGCCCCCGUCGCUCCAGCACAGACGUGCCCCCGCCCCGGCCGGCCGCUGGGCAGCAGUGGGGCGAGGGCGAAGGCGAGGGCGAAGGCGAAGGCGGAUGCAAGGGGCCUCACCCAACCUUCACGCAGGGCACAGGCCUGCUUCCCAGCAGUAUUUUUUUAAAACUAAAACAUAGAGGGGUUUAUUUUUCCCGUCAUAAAUGAAAUGGGCAUUUUGGGAAUUUGGGAACAUACAGAAAAAUAGAAGGGGGGGGAAAUGACACUUAGAAUCCCACUUCCCCAAAGCCGCCAUUUUGAUAUAUUUCUCCCUGGCUUUUUUUUUUUUACACACCUCUUUUUAAACGGUCACGUGCAUACUGCAGGGACGAUGUUGCCCCGCCUCACAGUAGAGCAUGGACCCCUUCCUGUCCCAUCCCAACCCGCCGCGUUAGUGGCCACAGAGUGCUCCAGCAGGGCGGGAGGUCUCGGCUCCAUCAGCGAGGGCUUCGGCAGCACGGUUAAAUCUGUUUGCUGACUUCCCUGCACAUGACCUUAUCCAUGCUGUCGGCUCUUGGGCGUGCACACUCUGCAGGGGGAGCACUGGCCCGGGAGCCCUGGGUCUCGUCCUCAGUACCCCAGCGACUGUGUGGCCGUGAGCAAGUCCCACCACCUCUGCGUGCCUCAGUCCCCUCAUGUCACAACGGGGAGGAAAAGCCUUGCUCUCUUUGUUUGGUGUGAGGCUCCUGCAGCUGAAAGGACAAGAGGGGGCUAGUGGGGGGCAAGGAACAGGUUGCUGAUAGGGACUGUUCUUGGGGCCCCCCUCCUCCCCCAUCACCUCCAUCUAUGACCUUGCAGCAAGAACACGGGGCCCACAGCGCCGGUCCCAAGUCCCAGCUCCUCUACUUCCUGCUGUAUCACCCCAAUAACUCCUCAGCCUCUCUGAGCCCCAGUUCCCUCCUCUGUGGCAUGAGGGAACCACAUCUACCUCACAAGUUUGUUGUGAGGAUGGAAUGAAGGAACAUGGGCCGACAUCAGUGUCCUUCCUUGACUCCACCCCUCAGGAGAAGCCAGGGGUCUGAGCCAGAAGGGGUAGGUUCUGGGAUCCCACCUCCCAGCAGAGCCUGGAACCCUGGACUUGCCUCAACCUCCCAGGGCCACUUCCUGGGCCAAAUCUCCCGGCCAGGACCCCUGGUCGGAGGGAUCCUCACAGCAACCUCUCCCGGCACCUGACCUCAAGGGCUAUGGUGUCUAUUCAGUUACAUCAUCGUCAUUGUCAUCUGUCGAACCACACACGGUAUGAAGUUACACUAGAAGCCCCUCCCUCCGAGGCAUGGCCUGCCAUCCCCAUCAGGAGAGACCCGCACCUGUGAAGAAGGGCAACGCUCCCUUCCCGUUGCCUGCAUCCCAGCCCUGGGUCCCACUCCAACCCAGGCACCUGGGCAGUGGGUUUCCAAAGCCCUGUCACCACUAGGUGACCCCUACAAGUGAACUAGGCCACAGCUGUUUAGGCACAUUCCAGGGCCUGUCCAGCUGUCCGCCCCCCCCCCCCCCCACACAUGCACACGCACUAUGUGGGAUGCACAAAGGGGCAGCUAGCAAGGGCAGUGAACCGAGAUGCACCGGAGACUCUGGGUGAAGGAAGGACCUUGCACAUCGCCUCAGGCCCAGCAGCAGCCUCUGCUCUGCAGCCUACCUCCAAGACACCCAGCACUUCCGUGCAAACCCAUCUGCGUGGAUUUACGAUGGAAAUCAGAACCAGCUCCCAAUCAGUUAGUAACAGAUCCCAAGAACCGGAGGAAGUCCGGAAGACCUCACCAGGAGAUACUUUGGAAUUCUCAGGAGUGAAAGACAGGUACCCUAGGGUCACAUCUGCAAUAGUGAGGAGCUUGCUGGGAAUCCAGGAUCCCGGGCCUGGUCCAGACCUCCAGGGUCCGCGUCUCUGGGGAUGGCGCCCAGGAAUCUGCUGGUGAGAGUCACCAAGCGGCUGGUGAGUGCACUGAAGUUUGAGAAGCACGGCCCUGGGGAUCCCAUGCUCCCACUUCAUUCUUUUCCACACUUACAUCUGCUGAUGUUUCCCACCCUAUCUCUGGACUGGUGUUUUUUGUUUUUUGUUUAUUUUUUGGUGGCAAGGGGAAAUAACAUUUCAGAAAAGAUGAAAAAUAAAAAUAUCACACCCCAUCCAAGCCUCCAGCAAAAUAGUGAUUUUCAUUGUGUACCCAUACGCUCUCUUCUAAUCCUUGUCCAAAUGCAAGAUACGUUCUUUCAUAAAUGUCAUCACUUACAUAACUGAAAAUCAUACUCCCUCUUAACAUCACCUCAUGAGCAUGUUUCUGCCACAGCCUUCGUAUUUAUCAUUUGCGUGGCCACGGAACGUGCCAUCUAGCGUUACACGGUUAUCUGGACUCCUAUUAUUAAGUACUCGGUUGCUUUCAUUUUCCCGAUUGUACGUGCACCACGAGACAAAAGAAAGAUAAGACAGAUGUGAUGGACCCUGGGAGCUGGCUCAGGGGAAUAAAUACUUAAACCCCAGCCCCUCCACCUGAGACGCACGUAGCAUUUGAUCGUAUGAAAGGGAAUCCGGAGCUUCUGUUGUUGCACUGUCCUGCUCAGGAUGAGGAGGUGGGCUUCUGUGAUCAGAGCCUCUUGGCCAGCUCUUGGCUAGUCGAGAUGUGGUUUGGGGUGUGGAUGGAGAGAGAAACUGUCCAGCAAAAGAAAUGAACAGAAUUUUUGAAGACUGGAAGCUGGUGGGGAGGAAGUGAAAGCAUUCAGCGAAAGAGAGAGAGAGGUCUGUGAAGCUUGCCACAGUCCAAGGCUUAAGGGAAAAGACGACCAGAAAGUCUCCACUGCGGAGAAAGGGCGGAGGCUUUUCCAGAUCAUGGUGUCCAGUGGCCACUUUGGCCUGUGGUCUGCCCUGUGCUCUGCUCAGCUCUCCCAGGUCCCUCCAGACCCUCAGUAGAGUCUGCUCCCCAGUCCAUUCUGUGGCAGUGGUAUUUGGGGACAAUAAAAGCAUCUGGACGGUGGGCCAUGGGAGGGAACGCAAUCCGGAAAGGGACAGGUGGGACACACACAGGCAGAAGUGGGCCGUCAGACGAUGGCCCCCAAAAGGCCGGUGGGAGAAACAGGACACGCGCUUCCCCAGCCUGGAGCAUCAAUUCCCAACAGCUCUGUUUUAUUUUUUCCAACUAGUCGCUCAAAUGUCUACCGAGGUUUUAUGGAAUUGAAAGGCCCAGGUCUCCCUUGCCCAUAACCCUGUCCCCGAGCUCCAGAGGCCGGCCCCAUCUAAAAGGAGCUGGCCGCGCUUCCAAACACCAGCUGGAGAGAAUCGCCACGCCCGCUGUGUCCACUGGUGUGGUUCCGUGUCCCGCGGUCUCCCCGCUGAAGACCGCCCUGCCACCCACGGUGGUUAACAAGCUGCACGGUCUGCUCGGAGAGGACAGGUGCCCUGGGAUAGCACUGCUCCAACUACGGUCUCAGGAUGGGUAACAUCGGCGUCACUGGGGGGUAUGGGAUGGGGAGUAACGAGGGGCUCCCCAGUGAAGCUCUGGGUUCCGGAACCAGUCCUCCUUGCUCCCCGCCCCCACUGAAUAGCAGCACCCUCACUUCCCAAUGGCUGUUGGGAUAGAUCCUUCGGACAGUGCAGUGAGCCCCUUCUCUGCCCCCAGGUCAAUAAGAGGAGACCCACUGGCCACACUAUGAGCCCCCACUGCUGUACUUCCUUCGGUGGGAGGUCAUGUUGCUGAGAUGCAUGGAGAUGAACGAACCCUACAAAUGCUGGAGAGGCAGGGGCGGCCAGUCCAUAUCCAGAAUCUGAAGCUCUUCCCACCACCCUCCAUGAUCGAACGGGUGCCGUGUAAUCAACCCACCCCCAAGUGGCUGGCCUGUUCCCACAGCCCACUCCUGCGGAAUGGUGUCCUACCAGGGGCUGAACUUUGGCCUCACUCAUCGGCAGGUUGCAUGUCUAGAAAUGAUGGAAACAGAAGAGGCUUAGUGAGGGAGAUCCCGCACUGUUGGACCCAUAUACGGCCUCCAUGUCUUCCACUGUGGCCACUGUGUUCCUGGUGCCACUGAGCAAGCCCCAGAGUGGAUAAGGAAGACCCCGACAUCCCCACCUGAUUAUCGAGAGCCUUCUCCGCGUGCAUGUCUUCUGAUGGGCAUUUCGUUGGCACAUGAAUAUCUUCGCAUUCAAGACCUUUCAAAGAUGUCCUUCCAUAUACAUCUCCCCAAGACGGCCCUGAAUCCUCUCUUCCUAAAUCUUCUCCAGUUGGGCCAGCACUCUGGUUCGCCUGCUGGGGAUGGUUAGAAGCUCCACACGGUAUCCCUGUCUGCCACAGACACUCCCUGUACCAUUGGGUCUCCUGGACCACCUGGCCCCUUCCAGUCCGUGGGACCCCAUUAUUACCGCUGACAUCUGGGAACCUCAUCUCUCACCACUGUCUCUGAACCGAAGGAGAGUUCUUCAAGAAUGCUGGGGACCCCCACCCUUACUAAUGCAUUCUUAAUGCCUUUGUGAUGGAAUUGGCCUCAGGGCCCUCCAGGGAGGUUGGUUUUGGGGUGACUGAACCAGUCAGUUGCACAGAAUGGACUCACUCCAACAGGCCCAUCUCCCUGAGCCCUCAGACUCCUUCCUCUGCAGUAUUCCAAGGAAAUUCCAGCCAUCAUUCCAGACAUUCCUUUGUGUACUCAGAAGAUUCAUUGAAGAGGGCUUAAUUCAGGGACCAUUUUCAGAAGCACAGACAGGUUUAAGAGAACCAGCAAGGGCGGGUGAAUAACCCAGGAUCGAUGAUGAUGGGAAGCCAUUGCCACUCCUUGCUUGGGGGGUGGGGGCCAUGCUGCCCACAGGAGCUGUGAGCCACAGUACAGGGACCCAGCGGGACCCAGCCACCCCAAAACGGUGGCCCAGAAGGGAAGGAGUGAGGAGAACAAAUACUCCUGGCUUUUCUUUCUUUUUUUUUUUUUUAAAGAUUUUAUUUAUUAUCUGAGAGAGAGAAUGGGAGACAGAGAGCAUGAGAGGGGAAGGGUCAGAGGGAGAAGCAGAGCCCCCGCUGAGCAGGGAGCCCAAUGUGGGACUCGAUCCCAGGACUCCAGGAUCAUGACCUGAGCCGAAGGCAGUCGCUUAACCAACUGAGCCACCCAGGCGCCCACUCCUGGCUUUUCUCCUCCUGCCUUCCACUCUCUGCCUGAGCCUCCGCUGCCCAAUCUCAACCAGAAGCCGGAGGCCAUGAGCCUGAGUGAUGUCAUUCACAGAGGCCAGCCUCCCAGGAGGCAGCCGGGCAGGGAAGGACGGAGAACAGAUGCGGGGCGACAAACGGAGCAUCACCUGCUCUGGGCCCUGGGUGUUCUUCCCUGACAACAGAGCUGAGGCGUGGCCCGGCUACUGCACCAAAACCGAUUUUCUAACUGGAAUAUUUGGGAAAGAGCUCUGGAGUAGCCGUCCUUGAUGCCCUUUGGGCUUCUUAGGCAGUUUGGUCCUCUCGCUCUCUCUCUCUCCAGCCAGCUGCACCAAAGUCAGGGGGACCCUGGCUAAGUCCCGCUGUAUUCCUUUCUCCAAGAGAAAGAGCGUCUUCUUGCCUGACACACAUAGUCAAGACGGACCACGGAACUGGGAACCCUUCAGCCUGACCGCACAGGGAACCGGCUCGUCGAUACACGCCCCCAGAUAAUCCUACUCCAUAUGAUAAGCCACUCCCAGGGCACAUCAGUUAGCCCAUGAAGUGGGGAGACGUCGGGCUUCACCCUGUAGGUAGAAAGGGGGCUCAGAGCCGUGGCCAGAGGCCAAGGGACCGGACGCCCAGGAGGCUGGAGCCUGGGCUCCAUGAGCAGCGCUGUAAGGGACAUCCUGCGAGCCGAUCAAGAGCGCCCUGAUUUGGGAGGUGAGCUUGGUGUUGAGCCGUGAAGCAGGGCACUUGGCGAGGACAACGCCGCCCACAUUCAUGAGCAGCUCCCGUGUGACAGGGUUUGCGCACAAACCAUGGCUCAAAGGCAAAGUUCCAGCCACCGUACCAGGAUCUGCCUGCCGGAGAGAAGCGUCGCCCUCGAGGCUCAGAGUUCUGGAGUCCGUCUCAGGAAUGCCACUCUCAGAUGGCGAAGGGAACAAGCCUCUUCGUCGCACAAAAAACGUCAGAGACAACGUGGGGGCCCAGAGAGGGGGGCACAGCAGAGGUCCUGCCCUUGACCCUGGGUAGGGGCGUCCUUGCCCGGGACUCAUGCUUCGGGGAGCCCAGCACGUGACAGACACGCACACAUUCACGUAAGGGUCACAGGGGCCCCUCUGUCCCUUGACGGUCUGCCUGGUGUAGCGACCUGCGCCCCAGGUGCCCCUCCCAUCAGUGACACUGGCCGGGCCCCAGGCGUAGCCUCUCCCCAUGCCCGCACCGUGUCCAAAUAAGCGCGGGUCUGCGGUGGGUCACGGCCACCGCGGGAGGUGGGCCUGUCCCCUGCCGCAGGGAGCCAGGGCAGCGGAAAAGAGAAAGUGGGUAAAGGAAAGAUGGUGGGUCAGCUGGUUCGAUACCCCAGCACGAUGCAACGGACUCGGGCCCACACCAGAGGCAUUUUCCGGCCGCACCAAACAUCCAUUUUCUUGCUCUUUGUCCAGUUUGUGCUUCUGGAGACAGAUUAGCCUCGUAGUCACAACCACCACACGUGGCAAUUAGGGCACAUUUUGCAGUAUUAACGGGUUCAUAUUUUAAUUUACAGAUACGUUAGGUCUCAUCAUGACACACAAAGAGUGAUACUAAUUAUUUACUGUGGCAACUGGACGGACACUGAACGCUAGGAUUGCAAAUCGUUUUAUGUUUAUGGAAAGUGUGUAAAAGGAUUUAAUUUUUUAAAAAUAAAUUUAAACAUUUCAGCUUGAUUUAGAUAACUUUGAUAUGCAAUGUUAAUA